ACCUACACCACCGAUAACGUUCUAAUCUGUCAAAUUGUGUUACGAAUAACAAAAAAAAAUGUUUUUAAACAAAAUAUUUGCAAAUGCCCCUCGUGCCCACCACCGAUACGUAGUGCCACCCUUAACUAAACUCUUUUUCAGAACGGAAAGUACUGAAAUCGAAAAAGCGCAACAAGCGUCCUUAGACAAGCAAAAAUCGACUAUUUUUGAUAAGAUCAUAUCGAAAGAAAUUCCAUCAGAUAUCAUUUAUGAAGAUGACCAGUGUCUAGCUUUCAAUGAUGUUAAUCCACAGGCUCCGGUGCAUUUUCUGGUUAUACCGAAACGUCGCAUCCCGAUGUUGGAUUCGGUGAAGGAGGACGAUAAGGAGUUGCUGGGUGACUUGAUAGUCCGAGCUCAAAAAUUGGCUCAACAGCGUCUGCCGAAUGGUUAUCGGUUGGUUAUAAACAACGGAAAGCAAGCUUGCCAGUCGGUUUAUCAUUUGCAUAUACAUAUUUUGGGGGGACGGCAGCUGCAGUGGCCACCAGGAUAAUUUAGUGUCGGUUUAUAGCAAAUUUGUUGUUUUGAGUGUUUUUUAAUGGGGUUAUUAUAAAAUUUUUGUUUUCA